AAACUAUUUUUUUAAGGGAAGUGGGUGACAACUAUCAGCCCUCAACAAACUGUUGCGAUCAGUAGGUUUCCUGUAAAGAUCAGUGUAUAGAACAUUAUCUUCACACAAGAUCAGAAGAUCAAGAAAACUGAUUUGACGUGUAUCAGAUUGCAUAGUAAAUCUCAGAUGCUCAGAACAGGAGUUAAGAAAAGCAUAGAACACCUGGAGCUGUUUUGCAUCACCCCUCCAUAGAACAAAAAUAUCAUCAAUAUACCAUUUCCAAAUAAUGAUGUGAGGCAAGAAAACAUUUUUGAGUGGAUUGAAAAUAGACUGUUUCUCCAUGUAACCCACAUACAAAUUAGCAUAGUUAGGAGCCAUGGGGGAUCCCAUAGCAGUCCCUUUAGUCUGAAUAAAGAAAUCAUUUAGAAACAUGAAAUAGUUAUGCGUGAGUACUAUUUCAGCCAAUGUUACAAUGCAUGCACUGGAAGGUAGUUCAUUAGGGUCACGUUGCAGAAGAAAAUGUUAAAAAUGUUUUAUUUAACAACAAAAAAAUAGUCACAUUACACAUUUAGUAAUGACAGGAUGCAUUUAAAAAAAAACGUUCAGUGUUUGCUUAGCCAUGUGUGACAUAAACACGCAGAUAUAGGCCUGCUAGAGUUGGAGGCAGGCGGACGGGCAAUAUCCACCGUUGUAGUAUGGAUGAAGCCGGAGGUGAAAUGUGAAACUAACUAAUGCUGGUUAGCUGUAGAAAACCCUGAGUAGAUCUAGCUUGCUUCGUAGUAUAUCCCCGUGGUGAAUAUAUUAGCCAAUCAACAGUGCUGUAGGCUCUUUGGAAGGAAGAAAAGCCACCAGCAAAAGCCCAGAAAACAGAAUUUGGUUGAGCCUUUUUCUGUUUGUUUUGUAAUGGUAAGUGUUUUUAGGCAAAAGUAGUUACCUUUUCCCUGAACUUUUUUGUGUGUGUCUUGAUGUUUUUGUGUGCUUUGUAGCGAAGCAGCCGCCACGAGUCGCUUGUUCAUAAAACAUCUAAUGACACUUGAGAGCACAUCCCACUGGACAACCGGCUGUGCUUGCUUACGUUUGGUUCAUGACUUAAAAAAACAAGUACAGGAGUGAUUCCUGAUGAGUCUAAAGCUCUGUCACUGCUGGCACCAGCGAACGCCGUGGCAGGAUGCAUGCCUGGAGGAGGCCUUCUCCCCACUCCGAAUCCUUUGGCGUCCAUGGGAGGCGUACCGCUUUCAGCUCUCGGAAAUCCGAACAUGGAUCACAUGGCUGCCAUGGGCAUGUCUGGCAACAUCAACCCCCAGGCCCUCUCUGCUGACUUUCUGAAGCUUAUGCAGUCCAUGGAUCCUACUAAGAUGAAUCCAAUGGUUGCUGGUAUGAUGAUUAAUCCUGGUAUGAAGAAUGACUCCAACAAGGAGAUGGAGGAGGCCAUGAAGAGGGUCAGAGAGGCCCAGUCACUCAUCUCUGCCGCCAUUGAGCCUGGAAAUAAGAAAGACGACAAGCGCAAACAUUCCCGCUCCAGGUCCCGGUCGAGGCGGAAGAGGUCCAGGUCUCGUCACAGGCGAUCAAAGAGCAGGUCUCGACGGAGGUCCCACUCGAGGAGCAGGAGGCGGUCGAAGAGCCCCCGCAGACGGAAGUCCCACUCCAGAGAGAGGGGUAGACGCAGCAAAUCCAGGGAUAGGAGGAAAGAAGAUAAAUCCAAAAAGCGCUCCAAGACGCCGCCUAAGAGCUACAGCAGCACCAGGAGGUCUCGAAGCAUUAAUCGGAGACGUAGAAGAAGCCGCAGCGCCUCUAGGUCACCAAAAAAGUCCAGGUCCCCAAAGAGGAAACUGUCCAGGUCCCCUUCCCCUAGAAGGCACAAGAAGGACAAAAAGAAGGACAAAGAGCGAGAGAAGGACCGUGACAGGGGGAGGAAAGACGUCAGAGAUCGGAGCCAAGACGAAAGAGAACGCUCCACUAGUAAGAAGAGCAAAGACAAGGAUAAGGACCGAGACCACAAAUCUGACAGUGAGAAAGGAGAUGUCAAGAAUGCUUUGCUCUUGAAAGUGACCAGGGAUUACGAUGAGGAGGAGCAAGGCUAUGACAGUGGAAAAGAGGUAGAGGACGAAGAGGAGAGGAAGAGCGACUCUGAUUCUGCGUCUCCCCCGAAGCCCCAGGAGUCUGACGAGAAGCUUGCAGGGGAGAGCGACAAGAAGUCCAAACAGAACGGAGAUGACCACCAUGAUGAGGAAGACAUGGAGAUGAGCGACUGAGUACACCCAGGGAAACUCAGCCAGAUGAUGUCACUGAAAACCGACAGGCUCCAUUCCCUACCGUUCUCUUUCUAAAGGCGUCUAGAUAACGUGUCUGAUCUUUAAAAUGAAUACUUGUGGGAAUCUGGUGGGUUGUAGUCUUAUUGGGGAGAUGUACAGUUUUUAGAGUUAUAGAGACACUUUCCAUCUCUAGACUGGUUAGGGGAAAUAUUGUUCCUGUUUGAAAUAGCCAGUUUAUUUCUGCCUGUGUCUGGUGAGCAUGUGUAAGAAAUCAAAAUAUAAAAUGUCAAAUUGCUGUACUUUUAUGUUGAAGGGCCUGUUGAAUGUGAGGGAUUUACAAAGUGAUUUCCUUUUUGGGCCUCAAAGAUUUUAUUCAUCUUGAACAUAUAGGAACUGUUUUCUCCUCAAUGACUCACUGAACUUAUGUAUACUUAAACCUUUUACAGGACAGGGGUUGGCCCCUCACCUAUUCAGACUGUUAAAUUGUUUUUAGCCUGGUACCAUUCUGGUUUUGGUGUAGCUUUCUAUUCUUUGUUGUAAUCUUGACAAAUUGACUCAAUCUGUAAAGCACUUAACACUGUUGUAGACAUACCCUUCCACCCGUGACGAUAUACUGUAGAUCCAAAUCAGUGUUUGGAUUAUUAUGAUGGAUCACCCUGUACUGUCUACAUGUUUUACAAAGGAAAGUCUAUAAUAAAACAUGGUCAAAAUAACUAUGGU